CUGACCGCGAGCUAAAGAUGAUAGAGGAGCGCGAGGCGAGGAGGAAAAACAUCUCGGAAAACAAGGACAAGGAAUUUCCUCCAAUAAAACAUGUUGGAUUCGCUCACAUUACUCCUGGAAAAAGUAUUCUUCCUCACUCACCUCAAUGUCUUCAAUCACUUCAGGACCAGUCUGUUCUUUUCAGACACACAAAGAGAGCGGGAGAAGAAGAGAGUUACAAAUCACUGCGAGAAAGAGGGGGAGAGAGAGGAGGUCCCCGAUCCCACCGCCGGCGCCGCACUCCCAGACUCCCUAUACCAGCGGGGAGACUUGCUAGAAGUCCCCCGGACUCUAUUCACUCAUUUUGGCAUCUAUUUAGGGGACAACCGGGUGGCACAUCUGAUUCCGGAUAUCUUGCCACUCUUUACAACCGACAAGCGUUCCGUUCAGGUGAUGGUCACGAACAAACGGUUAGUUCUCGGCGUCCUAUCCAAGAGCGCCAGCGUCCGGGUGGAUACGGUUGAGGACUUUGCCUACGGCGCGUCCAUUCUACUGAACGUUAUGGACACUGCGGUGCAGAAACGACCGUUGGAUGGCGAAGAGAUCGCGAGGAGAGCGGAGAAACUGGUCGGGAAGAUACCUUACAGCUUGCUGUGGAAUAACUGUGAACAUUUCGUUACUUACUGCCGGUACGGCAGCGCAGUCAGCAUUCAGACAGACAAGUUCUGUGAUUGGCUGAAAUCUGUCAUCCGGGACCACAGGAGUGUUCCGCUGACGGCGUUCCUGGGAAUUCUGUCUGUUAUCUAUCUGGGAAUGUCCCCCUACACCACGCUUCCCACCCUCUUCAUCCCCUUCACUCUCUGGAUGGCUGGCUGAUACCGGAAAUUCUGGAAAAUCCAUAAUGAAAUUGGAUAAUAUGUAUAUAGGUGUAUAUUGUUAGAAAUAGAAAUGUUCACAUGUUAAUAAAAAUGUAUUUUCUUUUUAAAACAUAAUAAUUUUGGGAGCGUCUUAUAUUUGUCCUUGAACUGGAAAUGUUGUUUCUUGCAUAUCCCAACUCCCCCCUGAGACACACACAGGGAGUGGGUUCACCAUUGUACUGCACCCCCUGGAGCAAUUAGGGUGAAGUGCCUUGCUCGUGGGCACAGCAACAGAUUUUUUCACCUAGUCUUCUCCGGUAUUCAAAACAGCGGCCUUUCGGUUAUUGGCUCAGCACUCUAACCGUUAGGCCACCUGCCACCCCUAAGGCUACCUGCCACCCCUAAGGCUACCUGCCACCCCUAAGGCUACCUGCCACCCCUAAGGCUACCUGCCACCCCU